UACAGAGACCUGUGUACCAAGCAGGGCAUUCGCUCGCCUCUCUUACCUUGCAUUUGCUGUUGUCUGGGGAUUUUGUCUGAAAGGCAGCCCCAGCCUCUGCCCUUUCCACGGUGGGUGUCACUCUGGAGACUCCUGCUGUUUAGACCUUGAGGUGCAGUGUGUCGCAGUCCCCAUCUGCUCAUCCUGCUCACCUGGUCUGACUGGUCUCACUUUGCCAGGCCUUUAGCAUCCUAGAGACAGGCACCUAGGGGACCCACUUCCUGCUGUUACCAGGGAGCAGCCCUGGCACCCCAAAACCAGUGGGGGCCAGCGCCACCUCUGCCCUGGGACAGCUGGCAUUUAGCAGAGGUCUGCCCCCCACCCCAGUGUCCUCUCUGCCCAUAGUCAGCUCCGACAGCCACCCUUCGGCAGCUUGUGGGGCACCACUGGAGGACGAGGGGGACGGCCCUGUCCCUGAGGAUUAGCAGCUCAACACCUCCAUACCAGCUGCUCACCACAGUGACCCCAUGAGGGUCCCAGAAGUAAGAGCCCCCCACCCCUGCUCUGCAACUUCAGAUAAGCCCCUGCAGCACCCUAGACCUGGUGUCCCCUCCAAACUGUUGGGUGAGCUGGUCCUCAACAUCUGACUUCUAGGUCAAACUUUCCAUGAUUCUGCACCUUGUGGCCUGUAGCUCAGAGGAAGUUGUGUCGUGGGCUUCAAGCUUUGAGUAGUGAAAGAACAAAAGCUUCCUAAGCACCCAAGCACACCAGGAACUCUGUACCCAUGUCACAGAUGUGGAAACAGGUUCUGCGUGGUGAGAAGAGCAUGUAAGGUCAUGGCAGUUUGAAACCAAGUGUGUGUCCACUUUCCCCUGGUGCCCCCAGCUAGGAUGACAAGGGGCAGCAUGGCAGGAGGGCACCCAGAUGACUCAGAGAAGCACAAAUCACAGAAGCACAGGAUGUACUAGGAGGAAGGACGGUGCCGGGUGCCAGCGGUCAGGUUUCUAUCUAUCCCAGCCUCUUCUAUGACACAGUGUGUCUCCUCGACCCAGAAAUUGCUGAUCUCACUCAGCCCUGCCAGCUCUUUCAUUAGUGAGGUGGGUGUAACCUGGCCCACCUGCCCAUCAGAAGCGCUGUGUCCCGCACAAGCUCGGUCACAAGGAUGAAGAUGAGACGCUACAAGCUCUUUCUCAUGUUCUGUAUGGCCGGCCUCUGCCUCAUCUCCUUCCUGCACUUCUUUAAGACCCUGUCUUAUGUCACCUUCCCCCGGGAACUGGCCUCUCUCAGCCCUAACCUCGUGUCCAGCUUCUUCUGGAACAAUGCCCCCGUCACACCCCAGGCCAGCCCCGAGCCGGGUGGCCCUGACCUGCUGCGAACCCCUCUUUACUCUCACUCGCCCCUGCUCCAGCCGCUGUCCCCCAGCAAGGCCAUCGAGGAGCUCCAUCGGGUGGACUUCGUGCUGCCCGAGGACACCACCGAGUAUUUCGUGCGCACCAAAGCCGGGGGCAUCUGCUUCAAACCAGGUACCAAGAUGCUGGAGAAGCCGCCCUCGGGGCGGCCCGAGGAGAAGCCCGAGGGCGCUGACAGCUCCUUAGGAGCCCGAGGUCCUGCACGGCGCUCCCCGCGACGCGUGGUGAGUGCUCGGGAGCGCGCGGGCAGCAACCGGGGUGUGCGGCGCAAGUGGGUGGAGUGCGUGUGCCUGCCGGGCUGGCACGGGCCCAGCUGCGGAGUGCCCACCGUGGUGCAGUACUCCAACCUGCCCACCAAGGAGCGCCUGGUGCCCCGGGAGGUGCCGCGGCGGGUCAUCAACGCCAUCAACAUCAACCACGAGUUCGACCUGCUGGACGUGCGCUUCCACGAGCUGGGCGACGUGGUGGACGCCUUCGUGGUGUGCGAGUCCAACUUCACGGCCUACGGGGAGCCGCGGCCGCUCAAGUUCCGCGAGAUGCUGACCAACGGCUCCUUCGAGUACAUCCGCCACAAGGUGCUCUACGUCUUCCUGGACCACUUCCCGCCCGGCGGCCGGCAGGAUGGCUGGAUCGCCGACGACUACCUGCGCACCUUCCUGACCCAGGACGGCGUCUCCCGGCUGCGCAACCUGCGGCCUGACGACGUCUUCAUCAUCGAUGACGCGGACGAGAUCCCCGCGCGCGACGGUGUGCUCUUCCUCAAGCUGUACGACGGCUGGACGGAGCCCUUUGCCUUCCACAUGCGCAAGUCGCUCUAUGGCUUCUUCUGGAAGCAGCCGGGCACCCUGGAGGUGGUGUCCGGCUGCACGGUGGACAUGCUGCAGGCCGUGUACGGGCUGGACGGCAUCCGCCUGCGCCGCCGCCAGUACUACACCAUGCCCAACUUCCGCCAGUACGAAAACCGCACGGGCCACAUCCUGGUGCAGUGGUCGCUGGGCAGCCCCCUGCACUUUGCUGGCUGGCAUUGCUCCUGGUGCUUCACGCCCGAGGGUAUCUACUUCAAGCUGGUGUCCGCCCAGAACGGCGACUUUCCCCGCUGGGGUGACUAUGAGGACAAGCGGGACCUCAAUUACAUCCGGAGCCUGAUCCGAACUGGAGGCUGGUUUGAUGGCACGCAGCAGGAGUACCCACCUGCGGACCCCAGCGAGCACAUGUACGCCCCCAAGUACCUGCUGAAGAACUACAACCAGUUCCGAUACCUGCUGGACAAUCCCUACCAGGAGCCCAAGAGCACUGUGGUGGGUGGUGGGCGGCGGAACAAGGGCCCCGAGGGCCGGCCACCAGCAGCCAGGGACAAAUUGGACGGGGCUGAAGGCUGAGCCUGCGGGAUCUCUAGGGCCCCCUGGCCCGGUGGGCUGGUAGCUGCCCCUGGUUGCCUUCAGCCUCUUCCUGCCGACUUGGGGUUCUUGAGAGACCAGGACUGGGUGGGUGGGCUCUCCCUACUCAAGUCCUUGUUUGUCAAGGGUUAGGUUUUUCAGUUAAACAAAACAAACACCUCCCUUGCUGCCAGGAGAAGGGAGCAAGCCCAGACAUCUAUGCAGCCCUUUUGCUACCAGGAGUGCUGUGGCCAGGAGGUGCCACUGGAGAGUGCAUGAUGGGCCCCAGGGACCGGGAGGAGCCCAGGAGAGGAGGAAAGGGACCCUGUGGGAACCUCCAGGGCUGCCCCGUGGUGGAGGGAAGCCUGCUUUGGCAUCCCGGGGCUUUGGACCUGCAGUGGGGAGGGAGUCGAGCCAGCAGGUCCAGCUGUGUAAGUAGAUGCAUUCGGGCGCAGGAGCAAGGUGAUCACCUCAUGGGGAGCGGGCGCUGGUGACCACCGCUUGGUGUCCUCACAAGUGCUGGCCCAGAUGAGGAGGAGGCCUCCCCCACUGCCCCACAGGACAUCACUGCGCUGGGGGUGGUACCCAAGGCUGUCAGGCUCCUGUCCCCUGUAAGCUGACAAAGGCGUGUGGCCUGGGGAGCCCUGGGGAUUCCUUCCGGCUUCAAACCUGGCCUUGAUGUUCCUUCUUACUCUACAUUGCUGUCGCCUGGGCUGCCUGCCCCGCUGCUUGCAGAGACCCCAGAAAUCCAGUUCUCAGGGCAGGGCGGGUGCUGGAGGCUGUAGGGACACCCAGGGGUGGCGGGGGUGGCCUGGGGCGUGGCAAAGUGAAGACGGACAUGAGACCGUCAUUCUGCUGCUCCGCCCCUGUCACCCCCUCCUGCUGGCACCCACCGCCCCAAACUCACCACUAUGCCUGGUGGAAUCACACUUAGGCCACUCCUUGGGGCUGGCUAGUGGCCAGGAAGGAGCCACAAGGCUCUCCUGGGCCCAAGAAGGGACAUGAAGGCCAGUUAUAUGUCAACCCAUUCCUCUUAGUUUGCCUUGUUGGGGGUGGGAAGUCAUUUGUUGGAGUAGAUUCUAAGCUGCUGUAAGAGACCGUGAAAUACAGAGGUUUGUGCAAGACGAAAGCUUGUUUCUGAUUAAAUUGUCUAGAGGGAGAUGGGCCAGGACCAGUAGACAGCUCUGCCUUCCCUCAUUCACACCUUCCAGUUCCGGAUACAGAGUGGCUGCUCCAGCUCCCACUAUCACUUGUACAUCCCAGGGCAGAGAAAGGCAAGGAAGUGCACACCCUUUCCUGUUACGCCCACCAGCCAGAAAAGGCACGAAUGCUUCUGAUGGCUUCUCAUGGGCCAGGACCUAGUCACAAGGUCACAUAAAUACAGCUGCAAGGGGACUGUGCCUGUGGGAAACCGCCUUAUGCCAGACCUCAACUUGGGAGAUCCGUGAAGGAGAAGAGGGUGAAUGGGGGGGCAGGUUUCUAGGGGAGAGGCAGAAAUGACUGCUUCAGUUGUAGGAUCCUGCUCCUGCUCCUCUCCGUCUGCCCAAGGCCAAGUGCUGUGGCAGUGACAGGUGUGUGACCGGCAGAGAAUGCCCGUCCCUAGGUACCCCCCCAUGUUCAGUACUCCCCCCUGUGAGGCCAGUAUGUGGAGGCUGCCUGUGGAAUGGUCCAUUUCCGUGUGUGCGUGUAUAUUUAUGGGCAUGGGUGCAUGCUUGGUGUGUAUUUGUACAUGUCUGUAUCGAUGUGUCCCUGUACAUAGGUGCCUGUGUGUGGGAGUGGGAGUCCGGCCCAGGUUUCCUCUUUCCAAGGUCCUGGAGCCUGUGGCUACACUUCCUGGGGCUCCCCAGGGUGACUGAGGUGGGAAGCCAUUGGGGAACCUAGAAAGCAAGAUGAAAAGGAUGUGGGGUCUGUCUGUGUUUGUCUGUCUGUCUUCCAGUCUGAGGAAUGAGAGUCCUCUAUCCACUCAGCCCCGCUGGGCCCCAGCGUUGUCCUCCCACCUGACCCCUAGCUCCAGUGGGGCUUUUUCUGAGUGGCUCACUGGGGAGAUAGAUGCCUGAUGGGUCGGGAAAGCUGGAGAACGCGGCUGGCUCAGCGUGACAUGGGGAGCUGGCCCCGAAGCAGCUGUGGUGGGCAGGCCUGAAGCAGGGAAGGAAGUGGCAGAGGAUCAGACCUGCCGGAGUUCAGACCCAGUGGGGAGGGGGCAGAGGGAGGCUGGGGUUGGGGUGGAAGAGUUUCCCACAGAACCACAGCCUAUGCUGGGAAGGGGAGGGCGCCGGGGCCACGCCCACACCUAAGGAAACCCAAACAACAUGAACACUGGCACACGGCUGCCCUGCCACCAUCUCCAUGUCUUUCCUGGGAACCUCUAGCCCCGUGGAGGCCUGUCCAUGCCAAGCAUCCAGCUGGCCUCGUCCAUAUGUGGUCAUAUCAGUUCUAGGGCCAGGCAUAGGACAGCUUUGGGGACAGAGUUGAGAGUCAGCACGGGGACAUGGGACUGUCCCCCGCAGAAGGCAGGGCCCUAGGAAACGUAUAAUUUAAGGACACCAAUAAUAAUAGUAUUAUUUUUUUUGUAAAGGAAAAUCAAUAUGUAUAUUCUGAAAUCAUUUUCUCUGUAAAUGGUUGGAUUUCAUUUCACCCUUAAAGGGAUGCUUAAAGGAGAAGAUAAUAUUAAUAAUAAAAAACAGCUGUGAAGUCUGAA